AAAAGGAGUGGGAAAAAAUGUUACAUGCUAGCUCCCAGGAACCUCGCAAUUGCAUGGGGUGAUACCCCUUAUUAUUGGAGGUGGAUCUCCAUACCCGAUUCCAGGUUUCCUGAGGUUGCGAAGCUUCUUGAUGUCUGUUGGUUCGAAAUCACUGGGAGGAUUGAUAGUUGCAAUCUUUCCCCGAUGACACGUUAUAAUGCUUUCCUAGUGUUCAAACUGGCAGCCUAUGCUAAAGGAUUCGAGAAUAAACCCAUAGAUGCUACUUUUCGACUUGUUGGAACUCAAGUUUCAAAGCGAAUUGUUUAUGUUCAUGUAGAUAGUGGACAUGUAGCACAAAAUGGUGAGCGGUACCAAAAGAGAGAGGAGAUGGUUGGGUUGAGGUAGAGUUGGGUGAAUUCUUCAAUGGAGGAGAACUUGAAGAAUUUGAAAUACAUAUUUUGUCGUAUGAUAGGUACGCUAUGGCCGGUCUCUUUGUUCAAGGCAUCGACAUCAGGCCAUGUUUGUAGGACAUAACGAGGUUUUCUUGUUUUUUUCUUCUAUGUAUUUUAUUUUAUGUGGGAAUAAAAUAGCGAUUGCAAU